AUCUCUGGUAUCAGCGGUUCGAUAGAGAAUGCAUGGAAGAGAUAUCGAGUCGUAUCACAGGCCCCUACUCGGCUCAAGCCACUUUCUGAUGCACUACUGUCCAUGGAGCCAUGAUCAGUGUGCUACGCUUGACACUCGAUAUUAGUCAGGAGUGUCGACUUUCAGCGACGGACAAGUGGGUCAUCAACACCCAAAAUGAGCUUGCAGCCAGGUAUUCGAGCAACUAGAUGGGUUCAUCUAUGGUCUCAGAUCCCGUCAAGUAAGCUCUGAUGCAGUGACUGCUUUGAGAGACAAGAUUCUCGACCAAGUUGCUCGGCUAUCUUCGUUUCUCGAAGCCCUUCAAAUUUCGCUCAGACAGAAAAUCACAACUGCGUUGAGCAACUUUCCAGACAUUGAAGCUGUUGCCGGAAACUGGGAUGAUUUACGAGCAGAACUUCAGAAAUUUGAUAUUUAAGAAAACUUGGUUCAGGACAACUUCUUUUUCAUCGACAAUUGGCUUAAGGACAAUAUCACGGGGGCCGGCGACGUGACCGAACAAUUCCAUAAUGCGGGAGGUGUGAAAAGUGAGUUGCCUGGAGAAGAAUCCAAUACCAAUAAUGAGGGUGAAGAGCUGCCGGCUAUACACCUGGGGCCAAGCGCGGUACCAUUAGGGAAAAGGUGCAAUGUUUGGAACACACUUCGAUGGUCAUGAGCCAUAAUGAGCAAAUCGAAUUAAUGGCCACAACGUCCAAGGCGCCACCUGCCUAUACCUUCGAAGAGGGACACGAUGAAAAGGUAGACCAGGAUUUCAACACGUAUAUUCAGAGGGCCGUAGAUGCUGAAGCUAGUCGAAGGACCAUUGAACGAAUUCAGAACCCUGAUGCUGGACCUCGACCAUAUUCUUGGCUCCCCAAAGACAUGCACGCGCAAUACAAAAGCCGAGGAGAUGUCUCAUCUCUACUGGAACCAAACUCAUUCUCUACCAUGGCUCAUGAGACUGCGCCAAAAUGUAACGACGACAUUGAGAGACUUAUGAGUCUGUUACGAGUAACCUUCGAGCAUAAAAAUCUCUCGCAGAGUGUGGGCGUCGUCAACGAUGCUUUCAAGUGUUUGGAUUCCAUGUCGAAAGCCGUGUCUAAGUUCAUGUUACUCCAAGAUCAGCAUUCUCAAGUCUCUGAAGCUUUCAGCGACAUGGAUGCUUUGGACUUCGAAUAUGAUACUGCGGCUGGUAUCGAUGACAGUCACCAAUUCCCAAGACAAGAAUUUGAGUUCUGCCAGAAGAGCUACUACCGGCUUCUGACAUACAUCAUGAGCAUGCUCGAAGCUUUCUCCUACAUCUUUCAGGGUCGGACGUACAUCAGCAGGUCGCGUCAUGAACUGGAAUUCCUCUGGAAGGAUAAGAAGAUGAAUGUACGAAGUGCCUGGAUUGACAAGCAAUUAGCUGCUUGGGAUGAGGUCGAGAAUGCAGUUCUAUAUGUUCGAGACUGGCGUGCUGUUCGGCCCUUAAUUCGAGAUGAAGCCUUGAGAGCGCUUGAAGAAUGGCAUACUGCAGAAAGGAUACUGUCAGGCUCGGAAGUGGACGAUGUCAUCGAGAUGACAAUCAUGUCAGCCACAGGUCUCCCAAAAUCAACGUUUGGAAAGCCAAGUUUAUUCGUGAAAUUAGUACUAUUCGUUGCAGCCCGUGUGGGGCAGAUGAGGGUCAUGGAACUCAAGACCGACGUUUUCCCAAAGUCACAGGAUCCGAUAUGGAACAAGACAUUUGAGGUUACCCUACCGAAGAAUUCGAAGUGGAUCGAUGUCGAGAUAUAUGAUCGUGUUGCAGGGAUGGAGAGCCAUAUCGGCAGAGUUCGUCUACCGUUUUCGUUCGUUCCAGGAGUUGAGGCAAGUUUUGCCAACAAGAGCCUGGUGUAUGGAUUGGAUGAAGAGCUAGAGUUUCCUAUAACUUUGAUACGUAAAGGCAAGCAAAUACAGUCACCCAUGAUCAAGCUCGGGUUGAGGUGGGCGGGCCGUCAGGCAAGAUUGGAAGAGGCGAACAUCAGUUCUAUUCCUCCAGGGAAGAUGUUUAAGCCAAGUCUCACCGGUAUACCAAUGUCACAGGAAGAAAGGUAUGGGAUAACUUCAGCUGUUGAGUCUAUUCCCAUAGCAAGUGGUUUGAGUAAUAGGAGCGAAGGGGGUUGGAGACACUUAGAGAGAGUUGGCUUGUAUCCUUAACAUCCGUUGCUCUAAACGAUUUCGUACGCGUCUUCGAAUGGUCACUAGUGCAUUUGGUACCAGGUUAAAUAUUCGGAGGCGUACCUUCCCUCCUUCAUGUCAAGGAUGUAUCGGAUAUCCGUGCUAUUGAACCCUUGACAGGUUCGGAUCGAUGGCAUUUGCAGAUCGAGAGAAAACACUCUGAUCGUUUAGAUUCUCGGAAUAAAUAUGUCGAUCACUUCACGCGGAGCCCUAAAUGCUACAAGUUUAUGAUAGGUAUCGGCGGCAGAUACGAUUUUGAAAUCGGUGCCAACGCUUGUGGCGGGUCAGAUACAUCGGACUGGUUGGUAUUAUUUACAGCUGGAGCUGGUACUUAGAUAAUUGUGUUGGUAAUGAGUAUAUGCCAUAUUGGCCAUUGAAUUUGGA